CGCUUCUCGGGGACCAGGAUCUGCAGCCGUGUUCACUCAGAUCUGCUCUCCCACUCCACGCCGGUGACCUUGGCUGUCGGUUCUCACGCCUUUCGUCCGUACAUUGAAGCCCCGUGUGUCUCCAAUGGCAUCAUCGGACGGACUGGAUGAGGACUGCGUGUUGCAAAGGGGAAGAUCUCAGAGUGACCCGAGCAGCAUCACCGAGGUCCGCCUGGGGGGUGACGCACACCGAGCAGAUGUGAUGGACCAGCAGAGGGCACUGCACUCAGGUUGUCUGGUCUCAGGUGUUCGUACGCCUCCCGUCCGCCGCAACAGUAAACUGGCCAGUCUGGGACGCAUCUUCAAACCCUGGAAGUGGAGGAAAAAGAAAAACGAGAAGCUAAAGCCCUCUGCAACGGUGGAGAAGAAGGCAGCUGUCCGCCAGAGGAAAGACGACCCUGUGAGGAGGACCCCUGGGGAAGCGGAGACAGAGUCGGACCUGGCUUGUGGGGGGACCGCUGACGAUCCGGACACCCCAACUCAUUCAGAUGCUGAGGACAGAGAUGAGGAGCCCGUGGCCCCCCUGGCUAGCACCAACGAAGAUCUGGGCAGCGAUCUGGAAGCUUCCACAGUCCAAGAUGUGACCGAGGUGGAUUCCAAGGCCGGGGGAGAUCCCACUCAGAGUGAAGAUGGAGAAGAUGACCGCACAUCGAUGAGUGACCUCAUCGACGAGCCGUCGGCGGGGAAGGCAGAGUCAGCGGAGGGGAAUCAGGAGGCGACGGUGGCCAAGCCUCAGAGACGAGCCAGUACCCCUCCUCCCCCCAACCUGCCCGUCAAACUGCUGACCAGACUGGGCAGCUUGGACGGUGCUCCUCUGGUCCCAGUAAAGAAAUCUCCAGCCACAUUACCCAGAAAUUUCACUCUACCCAAAGACCCUCAUGGAUCGCUGCUGAGAGGCCGGAUCUCCACGCCCACCGGGUCCCCCCACCUUGGGGCGUUGCACCCCCAGCUCCCUCCCAGCUGCAUCAUCGAGGAACUGCACCGUGCACUGGCCACCAAACACCGUCAGGACAGUUUCCAGGGAAAAGAGGCUCGGUCGUCUCCCAAACGCAGGCUGGACGGCCGUCUGUCCCGCACAUCCAGCACUGAGAAGGAGCCCGGCGGCGGCGAGCAGAAGGCGGACAACAAGAAGGAGUCGGACGAGAACAAGGAGAACUGGCGUCUAGACGAGUACUUGAGUGACCAGGACAGCUGGAACGAGUCUGUGAUCUCUGGGACCCUCCCACGCAGGAUGAGGAAGGAACUGCUGGCUGUGAAGCUUCGGAACCGGCCCAGUAAGCAGGAGCUGGAGGACCGCAACAUCUUCCCCGUCCGCAGCGACCAGGAGCGGCAGGAAAUCCGCCAGCAGAUCGAGAUGAAGUUGGCCAAGAGACUGAGCCAGAGGCCGGCGGUGGAGGAGCUGGAGAGCCGGAACAUCCUCAAACAAAGAAAUGAUCAGACGGAACAGGAAGAGAGGCGGGAAAUCAAACAGCGUCUGAACAGAAAGCUGAACCAGCGUCCCACGGUAGACGAACUGCGGGACAGAAAGAUCCUCAUUCGUUUCAGUGACUAUGUGGAAGUGGCCAAAGCUCAGGACUAUGACCGACGAGCAGAUAAACCCUGGACCAGACUGUCAGCAGCUGAUAAGGCAGCGAUUCGGAAGGAGCUGAAUGAGUUCAAAAGUAAUGAGAUGGAAGUUCAUUCUUCAAGCAAACAUCUGACAAGGUUCCACCGGCCUUAGCAAGGUUUCUUCUGUGAAGACUUGCUGAUAUUUGGUUUUGUCAGUGAAGACCUUGAGUCUUCCGGCGCCCUGGCCCACAGUCAGUGGGUGUCCUGAUAUUUGGGUCCAGCGCACCUUGGAGGCUAUGUCUCUAGAAAUGAGCUACCAUAGACAGGGACGCAUGCAGUGAGCUCCACCAGGAACAUCUGCUUUACUCUCACUUCACCUUUCAGAGGAGCAGCAGGAACCAAGGUCAUGUGAUCGCCAUAGACGAGCAGAGACUUUUUUUUGUAAACAGACUCUUUUGAAAGAUGUUCUUUUGAUGCCACAAAGGGGAAAUGUGCAUGUGACCAAGUUGACCAAUCCCACACCAGUAUCAGUAGUCACAUCCCCGCGCUGUGUCUGGGUCUCACCGAUUCAGUUAAUGAUGCGUUUCAUAUCGACAGUGUACAUGUUCUUAAACAGAAACCUUGUCUGUGUACAAGACAAAACUCCCUUUGUAAGCACUAUUUAUUGUCUGCACAAUACAGGUUUUCAAUUUGUAACAAA